ACCCGGACGGGGCGGAGUCAGCGCGGCCUGAGCGGCAGCCUUACGCGACGUGGGAGGGAUGAUACGGCCGGUGGCGCUCCGCACCUGGAGGCGGGACAUCUCCUCCUGGCUGGACCGAUGGUUCCCUAAAACCCCAGCCAAGUCUGUGGUGGCCCUAAAGACACCUAUCAAGGUGAAUCUGGUGGCUGGAAAAACCUACAGGUGGUGUGUUUGUGGCCGCAGCAAGAAGCAGCCUUUCUGUGAUGGCUCCCACUUCUUUCAACGAACCGGCUUAUCCCCACUCAAGUUCAAGGCCCAGGAGACCCGAACGGUGGCCCUCUGUACCUGCAAGGCCACCCAGAAGCCCCCAUACUGUGAUGGCACCCACAGGAGUGAGCAGGUGCAGAAGGCAGAAGUAGGCUCCCCACUCUGAGGGGGUGGCUACUUGAUUCCAGGACACUGACAGGCACCCCCUUUGUGGGGAAAGAAACUGAGUGCCAAGCCCAAGAAGGAACCAUCCGGGGGCCCCAGUACCCACAGCUGGCUUGUUCCCCACAACCCAAGGUCUUCAAUCACAGCAAUUGGGAGGGGGUCCCUGGUUCAGAGUCUGCUGGUGGAGAAGGUGGCAUUAAACAAGCAUGACUCCCUGGA